AUGGUCGUGAAUUUCGCCUUCUACACCCCAACCUUCCUGGAUGGCGAGUCCUUCAGCGCAAUUCCAUCGGUGCUGAUGGGGAAUGUGGCCGUGAUCCUUCCCGUGGCCUUUGUUGGAGCCGUGAACACAUUGGUGAGCGUGUAUGCUGCCCACUCGGCUGGCGACUUCUACCCCAUUCGAGAAUGCCUCGUGGUGGACGGCCUGACGACCAUCGUCGCCGGACUGUUUGGCUCUCCCUUCGGCACCUGCGUCUAUUGCGGUCAGCCCCAGUUCAAGGCCCAAGGAGGCGUGAUCUACUACUCCUUCAUGAACUGCUUCAUCUUCUGCUUCCUGGCCUCGACGGGACUCUUCGCAGCCAUCAACGCGUUCAUCCCCCCUUGGGGAAUCGCCCCCAUUAUCCUUUUCGUGGGCCUCGCCAUUGCGCAGGACGCGUUCGACAUCAUCAAGCCGCGGCACCUCCCUGCAGCCAUCCUGGGCCUCAUGCCCGCGGUGGCGGACUGGGUCCUGUCGAAGUGGCCUCAUGAUCCCCCACCACCCGUGGGCCUGGCGGCUAUCGCACACGGCUCGCUUCUUGUGUGCAUCUGCUGGGUGGCCAUGGGUGUGUUCAUCAUCGACAGGAACUUCUUUAAGGCCCUGAUCUGGGCGGCCGUGUCCAUGGGCAUUUCUGCUUUGGGCCUCAUGCACCAGGAGUCCGCCGACCUCACCUUCAAGACCUUCACAGGCGCUAAAGGGCAAGUCUUCGGCACGUCUGCUGGUGGCUACACGAUGGGCUACGCCACCUUAGUCGGCCUCUUCGGAGCUCUGAUAGGCCUGCGGCGCAUGGGGGUGAGCCGCAUCCCCCCGCAAAUCGUGGAAAAGGAGGAGACGCCUGAGCAGGAGGCGGAGGAGAUGGCCGGGCUGGCCGGUUCACGCUUUUGGGUCCAGGACGGGCGGCCAAAGCUCUUCGUCUUCUCAUGCUGCGGUCGAUGUUCCUUCACCGUGUUCUACAACAAGGAGUUGAGAAGUUGUGCACAAAGUCCAACAGAAACGAAGGGCGCUCGUGAUGAUGGUCACUUGUUUUUCCCCGAGAUUGUGUUUGAGUUGCUGGGUAUGCGGCAGUUGGUUUGGGCCAACCUUGAGCGUUUAUCAUUUUAA